AUGGCUAGUCCAUUGAAGCGCAAAGCAGAAAAAGCGGCAGCUCCAUCCCUUGCCAAAAAGCAGAAGAUGGUAGUGCCGGAGUAUCACACCGCUCCGCAACGGCACGACGAGACUGGACAAGUCGUAUGGCCGGCGCGGAAACAGCAGAUCGAGCGGGCGAGAGAGAUAAUCAAAGAAUGUGCUGACGCGCAGAAGCCGACAGUCAUACUCCCUGACAAGGAUGCAGAUGGCUUGUCCUCUGGCGCCGUUCUGCAUCACACCCUCACUUCACUAGGUCUUUCGCCUGAUCUAAUAUCUGUAUAUUUUCCACCGAAAGGAUCUAAUGUGCAUGAUGAUGCAACCAAAGCAGCACUUACCGAGUUGUCUCCAGCAUACGUCUUCGUGCUCGACCAGGGGAGCCGCAAAGGUGCUGCGUUGCUGGACUUACCACACACAUGUUUGAUAGUCGAUCACCACUUCGCAGAAGAAGGAGGCUUUCCAGAAGGCGCUGAAUACGUCACAGCUCACGACUGUCCACCGGUUGCAACCACAUCUCUUCUGAUAUAUCACAUAUGUCUGCCUUUACAUCUUGACCUUGCCGACAAGAUCUCAUGGCUUGCAGCGAUGGGCACCCAUGGCGACCUUGGAACCACCUUGAAGUGGCAGCCACCAUUUCCCGACAUGACCGCAACCUUCAAACGCCACCCGAAGAAAGCAAUCAAUGAUGCAGUUGGCCUGGUCAACGCGCCGAGACGAUCAGCUGCCUACAAUGUAAGAGACGCAUGGGAUGCAGUCAUCUCAGCAUCUAGUCCUGAUGCCAUCAAGACGACCGAGAAAUUACAUGAUGCUGCUUUUGAAGUGCGCCGCGAGACUGAGCGCUGCACUCAUACAGCGCCCAAGUUCUCCGCCGACGCAACCAUCUGCGUUCUGACCAUCUCGUCAGCCGCCCAGAUUCAUCCCGUCAUUGCGACUCGCUGGGCCGGUCACCUCAAGUCAAACAAACUCGAGAUCGUCAUGUGUGCCAAUGAAGGCUACCUGCCAGAUAAGGUGAACUUCUCAUGCCGCAUUGCAAAGGUCGCUCGAGGCCGCGAGGGCGAUGAGAAAGUAAACAUCAUCAAACGGCUGGAGGGCAUCGUGGAAGGCCACCCGGAGCUGAGGGAACGUCUCGGCGAGAGUUUUGCAAGAGGUCACAAGGAAGCUAGUGGUGGUAUUGUGGGUAAGAAAGAGUGGGACGAGCUGAAAGUAUUCAUGGGUUUGGACGACAGCAAGACGAAGAAGAAGAAGCUAGAGAAGGAGAAUGGCACAGCGACCACUACCAAGAAGAUGCCGGCUCAGAAAAACACACUUGCAAACUACUUUGCCAAAGCCUGA